AUGCAUGUUUACAAAUUCGUAUUCCUCUUGUUUGCAUUAGAACCAAGAGGAAACAAAGUUGAUGGGAGAUCGAUGAGAGGGAAGAGGAAGAUGUCGCAACCGCCACGAACACCAAUUUUGAAGAAGCUGCGACCUCAUGCGAUAGAGAGAUCGAACAACUUUGCAAGAAGGAUCGUUUAG